AUGCAGGGUCAUAGACUACAGGACAGUCUUGAAGAAGCUCGGUCAAAGAUCUUCUCGCACAAGAGCUUCGAAGUUCUCUGCUCCUCUCAUCCCCUCACCUGGUUUCUGUCCGUGAGGAUCUUCCAAGCGCUUCUGGUUGUCAUUGCUGUGCUUCUUCUCUUUGCGCCACCCUUUGAGUCAGCGGUAUGGUCGCUUGCGAGCUUAGAUCAGUCACAAGGAGGCUCUCGCCUCUUUCGCUUCACAGCAAGAAGGCUUCGGAAUGGACUGAAAGGAUCUGCCAUAUUAUCUCCUGGGUUACAGUCCUUCGGAGUGCUGCAAGGGGAUUGUUUGAUUCCGAGGUAUCCGCAGGGAGACGCCAAUGCUGGGGGUUACUUGUAUGUCGACGAGAGGCGAGGAGCUUCCGUGACUCUCAAGUCAGAUGCUCCGCUCUCUUUCGACGGCUGGUACAUCCUGACGUCCAACGCAAGUAGUGAGUUUGACCCCGUCGAGUUCACGCUCGAGUCCUCCGGUGAUGGCGAGCACUGGAAAGUCUACGUGAUGCCGUCCAUGCUGUCGUUGGAUCGAGUGGUUCCCGUCCCUGUAGGUCAAGACGUGGCUGAGAGUGACUUCUCGAGGAUGUUGGCUCCGUUUCAACGCAACCAAAUCGUCAAGUUCGAAUGGAAUGACCUCACAUGCCGAUGGCCUGCCUACGCAAGAGUCGUGGAGCGAUUCUUGAAAGCGUCCGGGCUCUUGUUCCUUGGAGCAUGCGCAUAUUGGGGCAAGUUUGACGCAUCGAUGCUGUUCUUGGGAUAUUUCCUCGCAGCUAUUGUUGGCAUCUCCAACUUCAUCGUCACGGUGGGCAGCUGCAACCUAGAUGUGGGGUAUGCGGCGCUGAUCGAGAGCCUCACGAUCCUGCUGCUCUUCCCUUGCCCUCUGAUGAUUCACGAGUGCCUGGUGUUGGAGCUUGGGGCGGUGUCAUCGGCGAUUCUGUUUGGGAUGCAGGUUGCGCUGAGAUCAAGCGGAGCAUACGUCAGACUGGUCGCCCUGCUCUUCUUCCUUGUCCUGAUGGCAAUCCGUGAGUACCUCAGGACUUGCUCCCGCAAGUCUGCAGUGAAGCACCAGGCCGAGCUGGAUCAGGUCUGGGAGGACAUUCUAUCGCAAGAAGACGACUCAAAGUUGAGAGUGCUAGUCGAAAUGGCAGAAGCCUUUUGUAACAGCGCAAAGAAGCCAACAAACUUGCGGCAAUUUCGCCUGGCGUACAUUCAAACAAGCGAAGGGGAUGUAAAGACAGACGUGGAAAGGAUUCGAACCCUGGAAUCAUUUUCAGCGCUGAAAAGAACUCGCUCUUCUUCUACGCAUGCUUCAUUUGGAGCUUUCACCUCGUUUGCAAGUGUGACGCUGUCUGAAACAAACGACAUCACUAGUUUUGACCAACUGUACGCCCAGGGAGUGACGAUGCAGAAAGUGUUUGUUGAUAAGUUGGUGGUCAUCGUGGAAGAACUACAGAACUCGCAUGGGUCUACCGCUCGUUUCCAUGAGACUCCCAUGAAGAGCUUCGAGGCAAGCUAUGAAAAGAUCCUACGAAAGUACCAUGGAGCUGUUGCAAGACACACGGAUCUGGUGCGGCAGAGCAUCGUCUUCGAGCGGAUACAAGACAUCACAGACUGUUUGCAAGUGUUGUCAAGGGAUCGCGAGGUUGUGAUUGUGAGCCUCACGAACAGACUCGCUGUGGGGGAUGACAGCAGACACUUGGGACAGGUCAGGGAUGUUUGUCUAAAGGUAAGGUUGGUCACAGAGCAAUCGCGAUUCUACGGCACGUGCGCGUUCGUCUGUGAACUUCGACUGGUCCUGGCCCGUCUGCAAGCUGCGGCAACCCCGAGCAUGUUGGAAGACUUGAAGACUUACCGGCGCAUCCACCAGAUCGACUUGCGUGCGAGAUGCUCCUUGUUCAUGUCGAAGCUUGACCCGCUUGCCUGGUUUUGCAUGCUGAGUCCUGAUAGGAUUCGUAAACUUUCAAGGGUCGUGGUGGACAAGAUUAGCGAUAUGGGCAAGGAGGUCGGGUCUUUGAAUUCACUCUACCGGUCUGCCGCUCACUCCAUGACUGAGACACGAAGGCAGAAGGACUUGCUGAGACAAAGAUGUCUGUUUGCUGGCGAUACUCUCGGGGCGAGGCUCCAGGAGCUGCGACUCGCAGUCAAGAAGGCCGGGACAGCCAGCGUGCUCUUCACAUCUAUCCCGUGCACGUUGGCGAUCCAGAAGACCUGGUUCAAGGUGCUGCUGCUGGCUGGCGGCACCUUUUAUCUAAUCUACACGUUCGGGCCCGGAGGGAUCUGGUAUGAAUUCACUGGUCGACAGGUGUUCCAUGUACAUGCAGCCAGGAUGAAGGUUGUGCAAUGGCGGGAGGCUGCGCUACCAGCCGGGGGGAACUACUCGCUACAGCUCGGGUGGAUCUUGGACGGAUGUAAGGUCUCUUCGCCGGUGGAGGGAGUGGAGGUGGGAAACGACUUCUACUUCUCCUUCAAGACUCUCGAAGCCGCAAACGCCUUCUACUUCAUUACCGACAGUCGUCCCGGCACCCAGGGAGGUGACCCCGUCCGCUUCCAGCUGGAGGUCACCUCGACCUCAACAGAGAGCCCGUGGGAGCUCCAAGACUCCAGCUGGAUUCUGAAAGCAGGCACCCGAUGCAAGUGGGACCUUUACAGCACCGCCUGCAUUCCCUUAUGGGAGGAGCCGUACCCAACGACCCUAAAGCGAGGAGCUGAGAACGUGAUUUCGCUGGUCCCGCCCCUCUAUCAAGCUGUUGGCACCAUCUUCUACCUCUUCCCGGUGAUGUUUGCCUGCCUCGGUGGUGCCUUGGCGAGCUUCCUCGGGUGGCCCCGUACGGGCGUUGUGAUCUUUUCCAUGUGUUUUUCUGUGCCUGCCUUUUUCGAGAUCGCUACUGGAAUCUGCAGUGCGAUCAAUGGCUUGGCGAUCGACAUCCUGUUCUGGUUCUUUCAGGGUUUUGCAGCGUUGGUCACCGGACUGCUCCUGGUAUUCUGGGAGGAGAAGUUCUUUUCGUUUCUUCCUGUCAAUGCACUGAUGAACUACUUUGCCAUCAACUUCCACUAUUCCUAUGUGUUUGGCAGAAGAGGCUUUCAGGUUCCCAUCAGCGGAUCCAUCCUGAUUCUUUGCUGGCUGGGUGUGCUGCUGCUGCGGAGGAUGGCGAUCCAUCGAGCACGGCGGGGGAUCGAGGACGACGUGAAGCAUUACGACGAGGUCUGGCAAGCGCUGACGACCAAUCGAGAGACCAUGGAGCAAGUCAUGAGGCUCAAGGCGAUGGUAGAUGCCGGGCCCGAGGCCUGGCGCAAGGGAGUCAUCUAUCAGUUCCAAGGGAGGGACCAGGGGCAGAGCCCCUCAGGGUUCGACUGGGUCGUGCGACAUGACACGAGCAAGAUCGCAUGUCUGGAUCAGCUCUACAAUCAGGCCAUGCUGCUUGAGCUGCCCUACCUGCGCAAGGUGAAGGAGCUGCUCAAGAAGUGGGGGGGGCUAGUGCAGGAGGAGGAGGAGAAGGAGAAGGAGGAGGAGGAGGAGAAGGAGGAGGAGGGGCCAAGGGAGGUCAGGUGGGUGAGGUACGAGGGAGAGGACACGCAGCAUCGACCCGGCUGGGCGAGGCUCAAGGGCUUCGAUCGGGCGAUCGAGAAGCUGUGCAGGUCGUACAGGGGGGAAGUUUGGCGGCUGCUGGACGUGGUGCGGCAAUGCAUCGUGUUCGAGAGCAUCGAGGACAUCUCGAGAUGCUUCCAAGGGAUCUGCGAGGACGAAGAGCUUGUGAUCCUGCGCGUCAAAAAUCGUUUCGAUCCCCAGUUCACGUCGCAGCAGUCAGGAGCGUACCGUGACCUAUGUCUCAACGUCCGUCUUGACAACGAAGAGACUCGUCGACUGGGUGUGAACUUGCACGUGUGCGAGCUGCAGUUGUCGCUCAAGGACUACAAGGCCUGGGCCAUGCACAGUCAGGGGCACAGGCGGUACGUCGACUAUCGAAACACAAGAGGAGAAUGA